AUGUCGUCCAGAGUUAUCGCAAAGAUUUCUCCUUUAGAUCUUCAAGGUCUCGAUGCUCCUCCUACUGCAUCAAUCACCGAUGUCAAAUACCUAUCUUCCUAUAAUUGGAUUGAAUCACCCAAACCCACCAUAGCUGUUCCUGGUAGCCCAGCACUUUGGACUGCCCCAAAGGUUCCUCAGAGGCUAAAUAAGGACACCGGCCUUAUUUAUAUUGCCCAAAAUGCGGCUCGUCACCCCGACAGUCCUCUUGAACCCCUAUUCCGUGCUAUUUAUAUAACGGACCCAUCCUUUGAUAUCCAAUCGGUUGACGUCGUGACUGAUCGAAACAAUAUCCGCAAACUUCUUACUUUUAUCGAUCCUACUGCUUCGAGAAACGGGCUCGAGGAGUUCACUAUUAACAUCGAGGUUAACAAGAAUACUGCGAUAUUCAGCCGCGAUGAAACCGCCACUCAUGAGUUCAUCGGCCCCAAUGAGUUUAGGGGCUUCGGACACGAAUUUGAAAAGGCCUGUACAACUAACAAGAUCGUUGGUAGUACUGGACACCAUAGAAUCAUCUCGUACCGCUUUGGUGGAUUGAGCAUCAUCGUCCGCCAUGAGACAGAUGGAUAUGUGGAUACCAAGACGGGCCCGUCGUCGUCUUCUACUAAUAAAGCACAAUCACCAGUUGACCUGACAAGCGUAUUCGAAUCACUCUCUCUGUCGCCGACGAACAACAAUGCUGGGACUACUAGUAAGGGAUCGAAGCUAGUUGUCCAACAAGAUGGCCAAGCAGUCCCUCUCAACUCCACUCUUGAAAUCAAAACUCGUGUAUCCCACAAGCCCCUCGAGAUUCGAGAGAUCGCGCCACAACUCUGGGUGUCACAGACCCCUAGGCUGGUACGAGCUUAUCAUCAGCGUGGGGUGUUCCAGGUUCCAACGGUAGAAGAUGUUACUGCUCAGAUCAAGAGAUGGGAACAGGAUAACCAAAGACAUUUGAGAAAAUUGGCUGCAUUGAUCCGCAAAAUCGUCCAAGUCGUAAAGGAUUGCAACGAGAGUGUGACGCUGAGGUAUGACGCAAGGGAGCGGAAAUUGAUUCUGUCGAAACUCUCGACCCCGAAGAAGAUGCUCCCCCAGGACUUGUAUUCAAAGUGGGAUGUAAGUAGUGAUACCAAGACGGGGGCUGACACAGACGCUACCAAAGGGAAAGCCUAG